AUGAAGCUAGGAAAAUUUUGGCUAUGGUUUUUUAUGGUGGUUUCGUUAAAUGAAUGGUCUUGUUUUGGGUGUUGGGAGGAGGAGAGGAGUGCUCUUUUGCAGCUCAAAGAAAACAUAAACUUCCCAGAUGGAAAAUCCCUCUCGUCAUGGAUCGUUAAUGAGACUGCAGCUGACUGUUGCUCAGAAUUAAGCAAGUUGGAAAUCCUUGAUUUCACUCCUUAUUCCGUUAAUGACAGCGAUGUUCUGCCGGUCUUCCAUUUCACUUUUAUAUGUUUAUUCUCUUCUUGCCAAGAAUUGCAUGCCUUGAGCAAUUUUGUUGAGCUGGAACUAAGUUAUAAUGAGGUUGAUAACUUCACCGCUUCUGAAGGCAUCAAAAGUAUGUUUCGCUUCGAGACACUAUAUUUAGACGGCAUCAAAUCCAAGGUUAGUAACAUGAAACAAUCUUUGACGGCGUUCUCAAACAUCAAGAAACUCUACUUCCGAUACAUUACAUUAGAGGGAAUGCUUGUAACUUACGCAUUGAAGCAUGUAAGCCAGUUGGAGGGAUUGUACUUGGACUAUUCUUCUGUGGAUGCAAGCUUUCUUCAAAGCAUUGGAGUAAUGACUUCUUUGAAAUUUUUAACUUUGUCCGAAUGUGAAAUCAAUGGCACCCUUCCAGCCCAAGGCCAGCUUUCGUAUGCAUUUUACAAUAGUAAUUCUCUUGAGACAUUGGAUCUUAGAGAGAACAGAUUCUCCGGAAAUAUCCCACAAUGGAUUGGCAAUCUAUCUAGCUUGAGAGUUAUUCUUCUUAGAGGUAAUCAUUUUGAAGGCACAAUCCCGGAACAACUAUGCCAGAUGAAGAGAUUGAGCAUGAUAGACCUAUCUUAUAAUGAUCUUUCUGGUCAGAUUCCGCACUGCUUGGGUAACAUAACUCUGGAGGACCACCUAUCGUCUCCAAUGAGGAGUCAGGUUUCAUGGAUAUGGAUAUCUUCUACAUCAGCUUUGUCGUUUCUUGUGUAUCUGUGGUGCUUUGCAUUGCUGCUGUUCUCUGCAUAA